AUGGAAAGGCUUCUACAACCGCCGUCUUCUUCCACACUUGCUCCUUCCAAAUCUCAGUUUAGAGCAUCUCCGUUGCUCCUCCGCGUCCACCGUCUCGACUCUCCCACUCUUACCUUCCCCUCCUCGCGCCGAUUCAGCUCCAUUUCCUGCCUCUUCCGCCAGAAUCCAUCACCGACUCCAGGAUCGAAUCAGGCCAGAAAUUUGUCGCUUGAGGCUCCAUCUCCGUCUCCAGAAGCCGACGGGUCCAAACCUAAUCCAGGGUUUCUCGAACAGAUCGUGAAGUGGAAGUUUCAGCAGCGAAAGACCAUAUCAUUUGGAGCAGUCAUGUUAAUCUCUGCUGUGGCUUUGCUCUUGCUUAACCCCGUUCUUGCGCCACCUGCUUUCGCUAGCUUUCAAACCGCAGCUAAGACUAGCGGCGGCGCCGCUGUUGGCGGAAAGCUACUCAGGACAGAGAUACUGACGAGUGCCUGGACUGGUUUCUUCGCCGGUUGCUUACACACGCUCUCUGGACCUGACCACCUUGCUGCUUUGGCUCCGCUCUCGAUUGGACGGACGAGGAUGGAGAGUGCUGCGGUUGGAGCUCUCUGGGGAUGUGGCCACGAGGCCGGCCAGCUCAUCUUUGGUUUGUUGUUUCUGGUUCUGAAAGAUAGGCUCCACAUUGAAGUGUUGAGAACUUGGGGUACGAGAGUCGUUGGCUUGACACUCCUUGUGAUUGGCGGUAUGGGGAUCAAAGAAGCUUCUGAGAUGCCGGAACCGAGUGUGGUUGCGUUGGAGAUUGGGGAGACGUUGGAGAAGAGCGCAAAGAAGGAGAAGAAGAAGAUUGGGUUUGCUACAUUUGCGACAGGGAUUGUCCACGGGCUGCAGCCAGAUGCUUUGAUGAUGGUGUUGCCUGCGCUUGCUCUGCCUUCUAGGUUAGCCGGUGCUGCGUUUCUGUUCAUGUUCUUGGUUGGGACGGUGAUUGCUAUGGGAAGCUACACGGUGUUUAUAGGGUCGUGUAGCGAGGCGUUGAAGGAGAAGGUUCCUCGGAUCACAGAGAAGCUAACGUGGGCGUCUUCUCUUGUGGCCAUUGGACUUGGUUUGGCGAUUAUCAUCAGCCAGUUCUUUGGAUUCAGUUUGUAUUGA